CUCAAAAAUAAUUAAUUAUGAGCGUGAGUACUCAAAGAGGAAGUGGUUCGAAGCUGCAUCUAGGAUUAUACGCCUUCCAGCUAAUAGGCGAAGUCAACACUAUUAGGAAGCAGAUAUUCAGUAAGGAAUCAAAGCUGGUUUACUUGUCAAGCACGCUCUCCCAGAUCGAGAUGCUCUGUGAACUCACAUUCGCGCAUUUGAAUGAGACUGUAGAGCCUUUGAUUUAUUUCUUUGAGGCUGUUAAAGCUCUUCUAAAGCUGAAAGAAUACGUAGGCCUGAUUACCAAAGAAAGGAUCGGCUACUACAUCUCUAAAGAGCUCUAUGAAGUGUAUAAAACUGAUGAAGAGAAGAUGAAGUCAAUAGUCAUGCUCCCCAGAUCGAAAAAGAAGCUCCCAAAACCGGAUAAAUUUCAAAUCUCGAAUAAAAUGUUAAAAUUUGCUUUGAAGAGCGCCCAGAGCGUGGAUUCUUUGGCUAGUUUGGAGGAUGAUCAGCACCAGAAGCUCUCCAGAAAUAUGGAUAAACCUAUAAUUAGAGAGAUCCUACGUGAGGAUCAUAUACAGAGAAAAGGAUUUUUUAGCAAGGUGAUUCACUUCUUUCUUAAGAGGUUUAAAUACUUGCUGAAAGUAUUGGGAUCACGCAAAUUCAAAAUUGUCGAGAUCUUGUUAAUCCUUCGCCCGGUAAUUUACAUGUACUUAUAUCUUAAACAUGGAGCCGAAUCCUACAAACCAUUUUCGGCUUCUUUGUUGAUAGAAAUUUUUGGGAUCAUAUACUGAAUUCAGAAGUCUUCAAACUGCAGGACUGAAACUGAACAGCAAGAGCUGACUGGAAGAUGGAAAGGUCUGUUCAAAUACGCUCUUAAGGAGCCAUUCUUCUCGAAGUAUACUGUGAAUAUUGUACAGUUCUUACUGAGAAGGUUCAUCAGCCAAGGGAAAAUAGCCUUUGUGCUUAGCAUCCUCACCUAUUUCAAGUACUACUGAUACAUUGUUUAAAGAUUACGUCAUUCGUAGCACUUGAUAAGAAGGAAUAUUAGGUAUUUAGUAAUAAGAUUG